GCUAUACAAAACCAGAAGCAAGAUGAACCAUAAUAAUAGCUGACCUCACUUCUCUUAUCUUCUCUAACUCAACCACUAAAUUGUACUUGCAGGCAGUCAGCCAUUAAUUAGGGUUUGAUUAAGGAUGGAAGAUGGUCUUCCUCCUGGGUUCAGGUUCCAUCCAACUGAUGAAGAACUCAUCACUUUUUAUCUCUGUCAGAAGGUUUCUGAUUCAUCUUUUACUGCUAAAGCAGUUGCUGAGGUUGAUCUCAAUAAAUGUGAACCUUGGGACCUCCCAGCCAAAGCUUCCAUGGGAGAAAAGGAAUGGUAUUUUUUCAGUUUGAGAGAUCGAAAAUACCCAACCGGCCUACGAACUAAUCGUGCAACAGUGGCUGGUUAUUGGAAGACAACCGGAAAGGAUAAAGAAAUCUUUCGUGGCACGGUGUUGGUUGGGAUGAAGAAAACCCUAGUCUUUUACCGGGGUAGAGCCCCAAAAGGAGAAAAAACCAACUGGGUGAUGCACGAAUAUAGACUUGAUACUACACAUGCUUUCAAACCUAAUAAGGAAGAAUGGGUAGUUUGCCGAAUCUUUCAGAAAAGCUCAAUAGCUAAAAAGCCAAUGCCCACGAUAUCAUCCCCUCAAUCAAUGGACUCACCUUGUGAAACUAACACGAUGGCAAAUGACUAUGGUGAUAUCGAGCUUCCAAACUUAAAUGGCAUCUCAAAUUCAAAUACUAACAUUUCCCUUCAGAAUUAUGGAAUGGAAAACCUUAACACAAACAUGAAUCUAAAUAUGAGUUUGGCAGGCAGUCUUCCAACGCUUUCUUGGCCGUCUAACUUACUAAGUUCGAAUCUUUCGGUGAAUGCGUUCCUUCUUAAAGCAUUGCAACUUAGAACUUACCAGCAAAGAGAAGCUGUAAAUUUUGAUUAUCAAUUCAUGCCACAAGGGAAUUCACACAUCUUAAACGAGGCAUGUCCAAGUUUGCAAGCUUCUUCCUCUAGAACUUAUGAAUCUCUACAUCAACCACAACAACAACAGGAGCAACCAUUCAACUUGGAUUCCAUGUGGUAAGCUAUAAUGAGUAACAUUUGAUAUUAACAAUUUAUAAUUGGUCAAGGGGUUAGAUCAACAGACACUUGGAGGUAACAAAGAACUAAACCUCUUUGGUUAGAUUCAUUUCAAGCGAGAUAUCAUGGCAAAAGACGGUGGCUUUAUUGUGAUUAUUGUAACUUUUAAGCUAGUGUAAUUAAGUAGUUAAUUGUUGAUUAAAUAAUUAUCAUGUUGUUUUGUUUAUCCACAUUGUAAUCAAGUUAUUAGCUUCUCAAUUGUACAACUACAUUUCGAUAUGAGAAGAUAACUAUUGUAGCUCGCCAUCAAA